AGGCGGUAAAAACAGUAUGAGCUGACGGCGGUAGGGACUUCGGUUAUCCUAGCUAGUCCCUUUUUAUUUUUGGAGUUUAAUUAGCUUUUAAUAUCUGAAUGUUUGUCAGGAGAAGAAAAUGUCUUCGUCAAGACCUAUAAAGUACCAGAGGCGGGAUAAUCCAAACAGUGAUUUCUGCUGUGUACCUCAAUGCCCAAUGUCAGGGAAGUUCAACUCUACUGUAAGCUUCCACUAUUUCCCAAAGGACGAAACCUCAAGAAAAAUAUGGAUCCGUAAUGUGAGACGUGAGAAUUUGGUAAUUAAGAGGACCACGACAGUCUGUAGUAGACAUUUCCUCUCCACGGAUAUCGUUCAAGGUGGGCGACGACGCUUGAAAGAGGGGGCUGUGCCUGUGUUGUUUGCCUGGAACAACUACUCACCAGACCAAGUGUCUGGGAGAGAACACCACGACCAGAGGAUGCAUUCAAUGAAAAGGAAAAUAUGGAUGCUGGUUUGCUGCUUCAGUGUCAUGAUUAUGAUGCAAAACCAGAACCAUCAGCUUUAGAUAUAGCAUGUGAGAAAAUAGAGGCCCAGCAACUGGUGAUAGAAGAGCUGCAAAAGAGGCUGAAUGCGAUUACACUGAAGCAGUCCUUUAGCCUGCAGAGGUUUCUAGCAUCAGAUGAUGACAUCAGAUUCUAUACCAGAUUUUCCAGCUACCGCCAUCUCCAAGCAUUUUGGAGACAGAUUGAACCUGCAACAAGGAGGAUUGUGCGUGUUGGAAGACGGUCAUCCACAUCCAGCACAACAGCAGCUCCUGACCCUGACAAGGCCACUGAUCUACCUUAUCGACUGAGCCGAUGCCUUCCACUGAUUGAUGAACUGUUCCUGUUCUCGGUGUACCUGUCGCUGGGUUUGAAGGAGAAAGAUCUGGGUGAUCGUUUCAACAUUCAUCAGUCCACCGUCAGCAGGGUAAUCAAAACGUGGGUACAUUUUUUGUAUACCUUAUUGGGCGUCGUUGGGAUAUGGAUGAUUCCUGAGACAAUUAAAGCCACAAUGCCGAGUGUGUUCGGCAAGUACUCUGAUACACAAGUAAUCAUUGACUGUACAGAGUUGAGAUGUCAGAUGCCUUCAUCUUUACUCUUACAGAGUGAGAUGUUUUCACAGUAUAAAUCCCACACUACCCUGAAAGGAAUGAUAGGUGUGUCACCGCAUGGUGCUGUUACCUUUGUGUCCUCAUUGUAUUCUGGCUCUAUCAGUGACAGAGAAUUGUUUCGGCAAUCUGGCAUUGUCCCUCUUUUGGAUAAGGAUAUGGCUGUAAUGGUGGACAAGGGUUUCAGAAUCGAUGACCUUGUGCCCUGCAAAGUUUACAGACCACCUUUUCUAAGUAAAAAGUCACAGCUGUCUCAUGAAGAAGUGUUGGUCACUCAGGAUAUUGCACAGUUAAGGAUACAUGUGGAAAGGACCAUCAGGCGCAUCAAAGAGAACAAACUGUUUGACACCAUUAUCCCUCUGACCAUUGCUGGCAGUAUCAACCAGCUUUUCGCAGUAGCUUGCCUCCUAGCUAACUACCAAAACAAGCCACUGGUCAAGGCUUGGGCGAAAGAACUGACUAUGUGUUAACUUCACAGAGCCAGCCUCUCUGGAUACAUGCACACUGAAUGGGCUGUCAAUAUGCUUAUCUCGGAUCUGCUCUACGGGGUGUUUUACAAAGCAGGAUUUCUCAGUUUAGCCAGAUAAUCCCAAAAUGAAGCCUGUCCAAUAGUCAAAGAGCUGAGGGAUAUUCUUAUUAGACACUUCUCAUCUUUGGUUUUAAGUUAACUGAGAAAUGCUGCUUUGUGAAAUACCCCCCCCCUCCCCGGACUCUCUUACGUUGCAGAUUUGGUAAAUAUUUGAUAUGUUUUUUGUUUGUAUUGCAUUUUAUUGUUGACUUUGAUUGGUUUGUCAAAGUGCCAACUGUUUUCAUUUACUGUCCCCCUGUUCUCUGUUUUUUGUAUAUCUAGUAAAAUGUGAAAUCAAAACGUGCAUACUGUAAAUUACAUGAAAUCAUAAAACAUCUUUUAUAGUCACCAUGAAACAAACUGUAAGAUAUUUUUUA